AUGGAGCGGCGGCUUCUUCUCCGACGUCUCCGGCAAGAAAAUGUUGGCGAGUGGGGCUUGCGAGCUACUCUGGAGCUCUGUUGGAGGUUUCCUGACCGGCUUACCAAAGUGGACGAUGUGCUUGAGGUCCUUGCCGCAUGCCGGAGAUUGAAUUCCUGGGAACUUGCUCUGGCUUUUUGGGCCAGGUUUCACGACCGGCUGCCUCAUGUGUCGACUGCGAAUGUGUGCAUUCCUGCGUGUGCCGAGAAUGGCGCAUGGAGGUGUGCCAUCAUGGUCUUCGAAAGCACUGCGAGCAGCGGAUUGGAACUUGACAUUAGCACGCACAACGCAGCCGCAAGCGCGGCUAGCAGGGCGCUCGGGUGGCAGGGCGCCAUCCGCGUUGUCCAGGAUGGUGGAGAAAGACAUUUGCGGCUGGAUGCCGUAAGCCUCAACACGGUGGCAGGCCUUGCAGUUCCAACACUGAAGACAGGUGUGUUCCAUUGGACGUGGUCAGCUUUUUGCGUGUCGCAGCUAUUUCAUCUCGGCGUGUUGCCUGAUGCGGUGUCCUUCACAUCUGCCACAGUUGCCGCUGCUCGAAGCAGCGCGUGGUGCCAAGCAGCAGCUAUUGCGGCAGCGGAGGUGGAUGUUCCAGACGAGACUGAUGGCUUGACAUGUUCUUCGGCAUCCGUCCUUGGUCUUUCCCGCGUGGGACUUUGGGAUGCAGCAGCGCGGCUGGCAGAGCAGCUUCGCGUUGCAGGCGAAAAACUCAAUACCAUACUCGCCAAUGGCGUUCUCAGCGCGUGUGAGAAUGGACGUUGCUGGAGAAGCGCCCUUUGUUGGGCUUCCGAUGUCCGACAUUCUUCGCUGACUACUACAGCGGCAAGCGCAGUGUUGAGUGCCUGCGGUGGGUCCUCCGUGUGGGACCAUGCGGUUGGACUAAUUCAGCUGGCCCAGUGCAGUGCUGCCCACGACAGUUUGGAUGCCUUCACAUACAGCGCUUGGAUCUCCAGCUGUUCAGCAGCGGGCCUGUGGGAGGCAGCCCUUCGCACUUGGGGCUUUUCUCGACAAGUGGACGCUGCCUCGGUUGCCAGCAACACAGCCGGGCUCGCAGCCCUUGGGCGCGCGCAACAGUGGAGACGCAUGUUGGACCUCCUCGCGGCCAGCGGGUUGCAGCCAGCCAGCGGCGCAAGGACAUCUUCAGAAUGCUUCAAUGCGGCCCUCCAGGGCUGCUAUGACAGCCAGAGGUGGCUACUGUCCCUAGACCUCCUGACAGCUUCACGGAUGCUGCGCUGCAGUCUCGACCGGACUGGCUCCGGCUGUUUCCUUCGAACUUGCGGAACCGCUUUGCUGUGGAUGGUGGCGGCUGACUUACUUGAUGUUCGAAGAAACUGGCCACCGGUGGACAUUGGAGAUCAGACCUGGAAUGCAAACUGUUGGGCAUGCGAAGCCUCGUCAGUUCCUGUCGAUUGGCCAGGAAAUGGGGGCAGCGGCAUGCUUACAAAUAUUCUUGCGGGGACCGCACGAUGA